AUGGCUUCAGAAAAAUUGGUGAAUCUACAAGAGGAGGUGACCUGCCCCAUUUGCCUGGAGCUUCUAACAGAACCCCUGACCCUUGACUGUGGCCAUAGUUUCUGCCAAAUCUGUCUCACUGCAAACAGCAAGACGUCCGUGGCUGGCCAAGAGGAGGAGAGAAAGUGCCCUGUGUGCAGAAUCACUUAUGAAUCUGGGAAACUGCGGCCUAAUUGGCACCUGGCCAAUAUAGUGCAGAGGGUCAGGGAGGUCAAACUGAGCCUGGAGGAUCAAGAGAAACAUCUCUGUGUGCACCAUGGAGAGAAACUCCUGCUCUUCUGUGAGGAGGAUGGGAAGGUCAUUUGCUGGCUCUGUGAACGGACACAGAAGCACCGUGGUCACUCUACAUUUCUCAUAGAGGAGGUUGCCCAGGAUUACCAGAACAAACUCCAGGCAGCUCUGAAGAGGCUGAAGCAGGAGCAGCAGGAAGCUAAGGCGUUGGAAUCUGACUUCAAAGAAGAGAUUGCUGCCUGGAAGAAUCAAACACAACAUGAGAGACAAAAUGUCGAGGCAGAGUUUAAAAAACUGAGAGCAAUCCUGGACAGUGAGGAGAGGAAGGAACUACAAAAGCUGAAGGCUGAGCAGACAGCUAUUCUGUGUACCAUGGCAAACUCUGAGAAUGAGCUGGUCCAGCAGAGCCAGUUGGUGAGAAAUCUCAUCUCAGAUAUAGAGCAUCGUUUGCAGUGGUCAACAGUGCAAAUGCUUCAGGAUGUAAACGGCAUCUUGAAAAGGAGUAAGACUUUGACUCUGGAGAAGCCAAAACCAGUUCCCAAAGAACAGAGAAGUGUGUUUCGAGCUCCUGAUCUGAGAGACAUACUGCGAGUGUUUAAUGAGCUGAGACAUGUGCAACGCUACUGGGUUCACAUGACCCUGAGUCGUACAACAGGUAAUCAAAAUAUUGCCAUUUCUGCUGAUGGAAGACAAGUGACAUAUGUGUUCAAAGGCCAAGGACAAAAUCCAUGUUGGAAAGAAGUUUAUGAAGACUAUGGUGUCCUGGGAUACCCAGUUAUCACAUCAGGGAGACAUUACUGGGAGGUAGAUGUGUCAAAAAAACGUGCCUGGAUCCUGGGGGUAUAUGGUGAAAAACACGCUCAAUGUAACACAAAGUUACCGCUUAAAGCUGAUGGAAAUCAUCAAAAUGUUUACCCGAGAUACCAACCUAAAAAUGGUUACUGGGUCAUAGGGUUAAAUCAUGAUUCUGUAUAUAAUGCUUUUGAUGAGUCUUCCUCCUCAGAUCCCAUGAUCUUAACCCUCUCCCUGAGUGUUCCUCCUCGUCAUAUUGGGAUUUUCCUAGACUAUAAUGCUGGCACUCUCUUAUUUCUCAAUGUCACAAACCAUGGGUUUCUCAUCUAUGAAUUCUCUUCAUGUUCCUUUUCUAAAAAAACAUUUCCAUAUUUCAAUCCUUUGACCUGUAAAGUCCCCAUGAAUCUGUGCUCACCAAGCUCUUGA